AUCGCUCAUCACCCGAAAUCAGAUAAAGACCGUCAGCUCAGCAAGGACGCAGGUAAUGCCUCCUCACAGCCACACACCUUGCAGAGUACGGAGCCAUUCCCUGGCCGUACAGUUCCUCCCGCAGCCUCUGUGAGUUAGAAGAAGGCACAAGUAAAAGAAUGGACAAAGAUGCAGAAGCACUAAAGGCAGCCAGAGCAGAACUGUGCGAAGCCCGACGGCAGUGGCACCACAUGCAGGUCGAAAUCGAGUCCCUCCACGCUGUGGAAAAGGGUUUGGAACGUUCACUGCGGGCCACGGAGCAGCAGUAUCACAUGCAGCUACAAAAUUUGGAAGGCGAGAUUGAAUGCUUGGAGAAAGAGUUGUUGGAAGUGAGAAGAGGAAUUGAGAAACAGCUUCGAGAGCACGAAAUUCUCCUGAACACGAGGAUGAAGCUGGAGGAGGAGAUAGCGACGUAUCGCAGUCUGUUGGAGCAAGAAGAGAGCAGGUUCCGUUGCCCAAUUCCUGCCCAGAAGGAUGACAAAAAACCCAGCACUAGCAAGAUCACCUUUAUGCUGCCUUCAGAGGGUGUAAAGAAGCACAAACCAAAGAAGGUGGAACUGAUGACAAAACAAGCAAUCCUAGAUGGAAAUAUCAUGAAGGAAAGUGCUGAAGCUCAUGGCACUGUACAGACAGAAAGAGUGGAUGAAGUUAUUAAGGAAUGGGAAGGUUCUUUCUUUAAGGACAACCCUCGCUUAAGGAAAAAGUCCGUUUCCUUGCGGUUUGAUCUCCACCUGGCAGCCACAGAGGAAGGCUGUUUGCACACAAAAAAGAAAACCCUCCCCGACAUUGAAGUCAGGCUGGUGAUGAGGAGAUCCUGCAGCAUCCCAUCCAUCAAACCUUAACCUCAGCCAAUUCCCUCAAAGCACAUCCUCCACAGGCUCCGGAAAUAAGCAGUAGAUGGACUCCCACGGCUGCUGCCUGCUACAACCACAACAUCCUAGCCAGCACUUGGAUCAAUACAAUAAAACCACUGAAGUCCUUUAACAGAAAGGGGGUUCCGGUUCCAAGAAACCAAACUUCCACAGGUUUUAUACUCUGGGUGCAGCCCUUUCAUAUUCUCAUUGUUGUUGUUUUGUAGAAUUUCAGCAAAUAUUACAGAAAUUAAACUAGAACUUUAUAGGUUGACAUAUUCUGCCUUUGUAAAAGAGAACUUGUUUUCUCUUUCCAAAAAUCAGAAAUGCCUAUUUGCUUCUCCUAAUUAUUCAAUAUUCCAUUCACAUAAUGACUGGUGAAUCCUUGCAAUAAUUUCUAUCACAGCUGUCAUACCUCCAGAAAUAUAUUUUAAAAUAAUACUUUCUAACAGCAAAAAUUACAUACAAAAAUACUCUUAAAAUACAUGAACUAUAAACAAAGAGUUUUCUUUUAAAAGUGGCUAGUAUUUUUAAAUUCCUUUUUUUCAGGCAACAGCUGAGCAAAAACGUCUUUACAUCCUUAUAGAUGCAUUUAAAGUGUUGUUACAAUCCAGUAACAUUUUAGCCACAUUGUUCAACUGAUUUUGAAGCAGUAAAUUCCCCUGAAAAAUCGAUAAUUUUCUUACAUGUCCACACACACCUGUGCUACAAGUCUCUUAGCCAAGGCGAAUGAAAUUACUCUCUAACUGUUCAAAUGGGAGGAGUCAAACAAGCGCUGGAAUGCUGGUAUUCCAUUAAUUUUGUUCAUUAUAACAAUGUGCUUUAAAAUAGCUUCAACAAAUUCCUCUUCUGACAAACACUACAGGUAAGUGAUGCUGUUGAUCUAGUCCAUGUGACAAGUCACUGUUACACCAGGGUACAACUGUCACUCCUUCAAAUUGACUGGGCAAUAAAAGGGCUACAAAUUCAACGUCCAAUUCAGGCAGACUCCUAGAGUACCCCCCACUCCUACCCAAAGCUGCUGUGGGCAAACACAAACCCCAAGAGAAACCCUGCACGGAGGAACAGCCAUCCUUCUUUAAAACCUCACAGGACAACUUUCAGCCA